AAGCCAUCCCAGUCUCCGCCCCUCCUCCAGCGCUUCCUUCUCCCCGGCGCCUCCCAGGCCCCGCCCCCACCUGCCCAAGAUAAUUUUAGUUUCCCUGGGCCUGGGAGCUGGACCCGCACUGCUUCCUCUCCUCCUCUUCCUCCUCCUCCUCCAGCCUCAGCGAUCCAAGUCGGGAUACCUACCCUCUUACCACCUGUCGAGAAGCAGGAGGGCAUUUCAAGUCAAACCCAAGUACCUGGGGAGGGUCUGAAGCCAAAGCAGGACUUUAGACCCGGUGUGUCCAGCAACUUGUGCUGGGCUCUUCCAGAUGUCAUGGAGCUGGAUCUGAGUCCAUCACCUCAUCUCAGCAGCUCCCCCGAAGACCUAUGCCCAGCCCCUGGGACCCCUCCUGGAACACCCCCACACCCUGAUGCUCCUCUGCCCGGGGAGGUGAAGAGGUCCCAGCCUCUGCCCAUCCCGAGCAGCAGCCAUAGAAAACUUCGAGAGGGGGAGCUGCAGACAACCUCUUUGCCCUCCAUCCCCAACCCCUUCCCUGAGCUCUGCAGUCCGCCUUCACAGACCCCCAUUCUCGGGGGCCCUUCCAGUGUAAGGGGGCUACACCCGCGAGACGCCAGCCGCCUCCACGUGGUUAAGGUGUGCAGUGAGGACGGGGCGUGCCGGUCCGUCGAGGUGGCGGCAGGAGCCACGGUUCGCCAUGUGUGUGAGAUGCUGGUGCAGCGAGCUCACGCCCUGAGUGAUGAGAACUGGGGGCUGGUGGAGUGCCAUCCCAGCUUAGCACUGGAGCGGGGUUUGGAAGACCAUGAGUUUGUGGUGGAAGUGCAGGAGUCCUGGCCUGUUGGUGGAGACAGUCGCUUUGUCUUCCGGAAGAACUUUGCCAAGUACGAACUGUUCAAGAGCUCUCCGCAUUCCCUUUUCCCAGAAAAGAUGGUCUCCAGCUGUCUGGAUGCAAACACAGGCGAAUCCCAUGAAGAUCUCAUCCAGAACUUCCUGAACGCGGGCAGUUUCCCGGAGAUCCAGGGCUUCCUGCAGCUGCGGGGCUCUGGCCGAAAGCUUUGGAAACGUUUCUUCUGCUUCCUGCGCCGCUCUGGCCUCUAUUACUCUACCAAGGGCACUUCCAAGGAUCCGAGGCACCUACAGUAUGUGGCCGACGUGAAUGAGUCAAAUGUGUAUGUGGUGACCCAGGGUCGCAAGCUCUAUGGGAUGCCUACAGACUUCGGCUUCUGUGUCAAGCCCAACAAGCUUCGAAAUGGCCACAAAGGGCUUCACAUCUUCUGCAGCGAGGAUGAGCAGAGCCGCACCUGCUGGCUGGCUGCCUUCCGCCUCUUCAAGUACGGGGUACAGCUGUAUAAGAAUUACCAGCAAGCCCAGUCUCGCUACCUGCGCCCAUCCUAUUUGGGGUCCCCACCCUUGAGGAGUGUCUCGGAUAAUACCCUGGUGGCCAUGGACUUCUCUGGCCAUGCUGGCCGUGUCAUCGAGAACCCAAGGGAAGCUCUGAGUGCAGCCCUGGAAGAGGCCCAGGCCUGGAGGAAGAAGACAAACCAUCGCCUCAGCCUGCCCACCCCAUGCUCAGGCACGAGUCUCAGUGCAGCUAUCCAUCGCACCCAACCCUGGUUCCAUGGACACAUUUCCCGUGAGGAGAGCCAGAGGCUUAUCAGACAGCAAGGCCUGGUGGAUGGCUUGUUCCUGGUCCGUGAGAGCCAGCGGAACCCCCAGGGCUUUGUCUUGUCCUUGUGUCACCUCCAGAAAGUCAAGCAUUACCUCAUUCUGCCAAGCGAGGAUGAGGGCUGUCUCUACUUCAGCAUGGAUGAAGGCCAGACCCGCUUCACAGACCUGCUGCAGCUAGUGGAGUUCCACCAGCUGAACCGCGGCAUCCUGCCCUGCCUGCUGCGCCACUGCUGUGCGCGCGUGGCCCUCUGAGGCCACAGGGGCUGUUUCAGGCCAGCGUGGGCGGCCCGGCACCCCCUCACUCAGUGGACUUGGGAGUUUGCAGGUGGAAUGAUGAACGAUUGAAGGCCUUCCCCACACUACUUUCUCUUCCAUCCUUUGCCCCCUCAGGGCACAAAAUGCCCCUCUCUAUUCACCCUGGACCCCUCUCCUCAUGGGGACUACUUGGUGGCCCUCUCUCCUUUGUGGAGCUCCUGAGGCACUGGCCCCAACACGGGACAUUAUGAGAAAAAUGGGAGCAGCCCAGGGAGCCUCACGCUCCGUUCAUUGUACAGACUGAGAGGCCAGUUGAUCUGCUCUGUUUUAUACCAGUGACAAUAAAGAUUAUUUUUUGAUACACCA